AUGCAAGCCUACUCGGACGCCGCAGCGUUUGACUUCAAGCUUUACCGCUAUAAUUUAUCCUUGCCCGCUGCCGCCACAGCUACAGCCAUUUUCUCGAUCCUGUCGCUCCUCCAUAUCUGGCGACUCUUCCGCCACCGGUCGUACUGCUUCACGGCCUUUACAAUCGGUGGUUUCUUUCAAGUAAUUGGCUACGCCAGUCGAAUAUGGUCCCACUUCGAUCCCCUUUCCGUCAUCGCAUUCUCCCUCCAGGCGAUCUUCAUCCUCGUUGCGCCGGCUCUAUACGCUGCAUCCAUCUAUAUGAUUCUCGGCCGACUGAUUCGCACAUUGGGCUCUGAACGCCUUUCCCUCGUCCCCAUAAAGUGGAUGACGAAGCUCUUUGUCAUCGGCGAUGUCGUGUCUUUCGUGCUCCAGGGUGGUGGUGGGGGUAUCCAAGCAGCAGGAACCCUAGAGCUGUACGAGAUAGGCGAAAAGAUUAUCAUCGUCGGCCUCUUCGUCCAGAUCACCGUCUUCAGCUUCUUCGUGGUGACUUCGAUCACAUUCCACCGGCGACAGGCGAAAAAGUCUCAGGCGGCGGCGGGCGGUGUUCCGUGGGAACAACACCUCUGGGUUCUCUACGUUGUCAGCACGAUAAUAUUGAUCAGGAGCAUAUUCCGGGUGGUGGAAUAUCUCCAGGGGAAUGGCGGCUACUUGAUCUCUCGCGAGAUAUUCUUGUACAUGUUCGACGCAGCACUGAUGGCGGCUGUAAUGGCCAUCUUCCUGGUCUACUAUGUUGACGACCUAGCAUCCCCUGGCGACGGGAAAAGAGAGAGUUGUAUAGAGAUGCUGCCUAGUUCUGGAAGCGAUACUAUCUCUUAA